AUGAAUCGCAUCUUCGGCUCUGCCUCCAGCAAAAAACCAAAGCCUACCUUGCAGGAUGCUAUAGCUUCGACAGAUGCCAGGGCAGCUUCAGUCGAGGUCAAGAUCAAGAAAUUAGAUGGGGAGCUUGCGCGAUACAAGGAACAAAUGAGCAAGCUUCGUAACGGUCCCGGAAAGAGUGCGAUUCAACAGCGCGCCAUGCGCACACUACAACAGAAGAGGAUGUACGAGUCCCAACUGUCACAGCUUACGCAGCAAACUUUCAACAUGGAAUCCGCCGCUCUUGCCACGGAGAAUCUACGCAACACUAUGGCCACGGUAGACGCUAUGAAGAUUGCGAAUAAGGAAAUGCGAAAGCAGUACGGCAAGAUCGAUGUGGACAAGAUCGAGAGCAUGCAAUACGAUAUGGAGGAUCUACUAGAACAAGCGAAUGAAAUUCAAGAAACUCUCGGACGAUCAUACGCUGUUCCUGACGAAAUCGACGAGGCAGACCUUGAGGCAGAACUAGACGCCCUGGCGCUAGAUGAAGACGAAGAAAGUACUUCGUAUCUGGCCGACCUCAAUAAAGCACCCGACUUUAUUGACGAGGCACCAGUGGAGCUAAGCGAGCAAACACCUGCAGCUCCCGAAGCUGUCCGAACGACGGUGUAA